AAGUUUCAACUCCAUUUCGCCCCACAAAAAACCCUACCCUUCUCACUCUCCCCCAACACGCUCUCUCUCUCUCGCUCUCUCUAACCCUACUCGCUCUUCGUUCGAUUCGAUUCCUCUCGUCUCGAUUUUCUCUAAGCAGGUGAGAGUUCAGUUAAUGGGCUAUCAUGAAAAUCUACAACUGUAUCUCAACCUGCCGCGCAAGGAGCUUCAAAAAUUAUGCAAAGAGCAUAACCUUCCAGCAAAUAAGAGUCAUUCUCAGCUAGCCAAGUCGCUCACAUCUUUUUUCAAGAAGAAAACUUCUAAAACUUCUAGAUCAGCUCCUCCAAAGGAGGGAUUGGUUAGUCAUAUACAGGUCACCGCUGAUAUGUCAUGUGUGCCACUAUCAAAGACCAAAGAAAUGGUUCCUUCGACAGAAGAGACUGCUAGAGGGGCAUGUGAAAGAAACCAUUUCCCUGGAAACGAUACUCAUGAACUUAGUCAGGGCACUAAUAAGAAGAUGCGCGUUGAUAGGCUUCAUUUACAAACUGGAAGCAAAAUGGCAUUUAAUUCCACUGCAAUCAUUCUAUCUCCUUCCCCUGCCAACAAUGUAACAGCAGAAGUUUUGGGAUCUUCUUCCUCUUCUAUACCGGGAAUUGUGGGUAAUUCAAAAUCUCUGAGUGCCAUCCAAGAAAAGCCAGUAGUCGAACAAUUUGCUUUUGAAUGCCAUGAACACACUGUUAAGGGAAGUUCUGGAAAACCGUUCCAACUGACUAACUAUGGUAAGAAACUUCACAAUUCUGAGACUGGUAGCGGAACUUAUAAUACAAUACCAAUCCAAGGUGGGUUGGCCUCACCUGAAGAGAUUUCGACCAAAGCAACUCCUUCCUUCGAAUUCUUUGUGAUGUCAGAGGACGGAAUUAAUCUCUGUGUAGAUUUAGAUUCUACUCCAUCAUCAUGGAUUAAAAGUUUAAAAGAUGAAGUGUGCAUCCACAAACGAGAAGAAAAUUGCAAAUCAGGAAUUCUUCCUAAUUUUGUUUGUGAUAUAGUAAAUGAUGAUGGCGAAGCUAAAACUUCCCCAUCUCUCAGCACCAUGGUGGACCUUCAAAGCAAAGGAGUUGAGAAGAGAAAUAACUGCACUGAUUCAUCCCUAUGUUCAGUUGUUAGUGAGAAUUGCCAAUCAUCUGGGUUAACAUCAAUUUGCACUCCAGUUGGAACUUCAGAUAUUCAUAACCAAAUGGCAUCUGAUUCUGCAUGUUGCCCUGUGGACAAAGAAGUUCUUCCUCAAAAAGCUGUUAAUGUUUCAUCUGGGAUCAAUACGAGCAAUAGCCAAGUACCUGGUGCUUCUCGGGAAGCUAUUGGAAAUAUCAAUCUGAUGAAUCCUGUGAUUGUUGGUUCUAAUGAUAGUGCAGCUUGUGAGUUAAGAAACACACCUGAAAGCAGUGCUGAGCUAAAAAAUGAUUCAAUAUCCAUUGAAGUAGGAGAAAAUUUAGGUGAUGACCACCAUAAAAAUCUUGUUGUAUUAAACGAAGUCUCAGUGGAGAGCAGGUUGAUGGAAAGAUCCGCAGAAGAUGCACUUUAUGGGGGCGGGUUAUCAAAUUGCUGUCAAGUUGCUGGGCAAUUGUCAUUUGACCUUCCUGUGACUGAUGCACAAUCAGAUGUGGGUUCAGCAGACCAACCUUUUGUUGAAAAUUAUUUUCCUGAGGAUCCGAUGCCAACUAAUGAAGCUUUGGAUAAUAGUACUUCGACAAAGAGAAAAGUUAGCUCAGAAUCAUCUAGCGACUGCCCAGAUAGACACUCGGAAAGAUCUCACAUUCCUGAGGGACCUGAAGAGUUUCAAAGUAAGAGGCAGAAUAUUUGCGGUGAAAGUAUGAGUGGAACGAUGAUUAAUUUUAGAAGCACAAAUAUUUCAACAAAAGAAACUCAAUAUGACCCCACUCUCGUUCCUCGACGAUCCACCCGACUUGUUCCCAAGUGAGAUCUGUCAACUGCGUCGCUCGUGACGAGGUGGUGAAUCCACUUAAAAAUCAUUUGUAAAGUUAAAACUGCCGCUACCAACAGAGAUCUAUCCAUCUAGUUAGCGACAAUACAACAGCAACUGGAAAGGCAAACAGCUUUUAUAAAUCUUCUUAUACUUGAUUUUUUUUAAGAAAAAAACAUUAUAUUGUCAACCGAAGUCGAAUAAAUUUUCUAUUGCUUCGGCCAUUUAUUUGGUUUCGGUGCACCGUUGUUAUGCAGUCAUUUGUGUUGUAAGACAUACUUUUGUCCAUCUUAUAGUUGUGUAUAGUUCAAUAUUCAUUACCUAAACUGAUUGUUGAUGGACAAAAAGAAAUCACAGCAGUUUUCAUCUUUCUCCGCAUUA